AAUCCUCUAAAAUAUUGCAGGCCAUGCACGAAACAGUGACAGGCGCCGAGAUCAGGCUAGCCAACCUGGCAACACUGAUUGUUGUCUACACAGUUGGCAGCCUGAUUGUGUCGGUAUCCAUAGAUGUGUUCGAGUCCUACUUCAUUCUCUCUCACUUGCACUGGACGCAAGUACUGCCCUUCAUGUUCAUUACGAUGGACACCUUCUGCUUCACAGCAGGCUGGGCGUUCUCUUGCUACUACUUGGGACGUGUCUGUGACUCAGUUUACAACAGUUUGGAGCUGGCUUGCAGAAAUAGAAGAGCCGACUCGAUAGAUGCGCACCGCCAGCUGUGGCUGGAACUGUGUCAACUCUAUGAUGACUACUGCUCGUCGCAAGAGUACCGCAUGCUGGCCAUGUUGCUUCUGAUGCUGGUUUGCUUAGUGAUCAGCUGUUAUGGAGUGGUCAACACACUCUAUGCUAGUGGUGAUGGCCACUCUAUUCUAGCUGCCGCCUCGUUCGCUGUGCCGUUACUCUAUGCCAUCUGCCUGCUCGUUGUUAUCUGCGAGUGCGGGCAUCGUGCUUCGAUCAAGAUUGGUGAAGAUUUUUUCAAAAAGCUAGAUUGGAUUGAAAGUAGCUCUUUCACUCCACUACAAUGGCAUCAGAUGGAUACAUUUAUGGAAUGCAUAGAAAUCGCUCAACCAGCCGCUAGAGUUUGUGGAAUAUUCACAAUUAACAGGAAGCUUUUUAUGCAAACUAAGCCAAAGUAUGACGAGAGUCAAAAGCCAGAACAAGGAAUAGAGGUCAAUCAAAGUAGUCAGAUUGAAGAUGGCCAGUCAAUAACAGAACCUUUCGAGCAGAUAUUCAUCAAAGAGGAAUUCAUUGAAGAAGACAAUGAAUUACAAAUGUCUGCUGAAGUGUCACAGGAAAGUCAUCAAUCAAAUGUCGACUUUGUUGGAGCCGAAGAAAGACAGAGACAUGACAAUGAGAAAGAUGAAGAGUCAAGAUCAUGCGAAUCUCAACGUCCAGUGUUCAAUUGUGCUCAGUCUAGUCAUAAAACAAAGCUAUCCGCCAGUUCAAAAAAGAAUAACAGAAGAUACAAACGUAAAAACUCGAACAAAUGUGAAUACUGUGAAUAUACGACCUCGUAUCCGACUAUUUUGAAAAAUCACAUUCGAACGCAUACCGGCGAAAAGCCUUUCAAGUGUAAUCACUGUGACUAUAAAUGUGCUCAAUCAGGUACUUUGAAACAUCACAUUAAAAUUCAUUCAGGCGAAAGGAAUUUCAAAUGUGAGUUCUGUGACUACAGAAGUUCUCACUUAGGUAAUUUGAAAAGUCACAUUAGAACCCAUACUGGUGAAAAGCCUUUCAAAUGUGAUCAGUGUGAGUAUAGAUGUACUCAGUUGGUUACUUUGAAAAACCACAUAAGAAUCCAUAGAGGCCUUUCAAAUGUGACUACAGAAAAUGUUCUCAAUCAGAACUGGCCUCAAGCAGACACCCUUCCAACGGUAGAACCGAUAGCACGGCGCUUAAUCUGCAUAAAUAGCAGAGAUCUUAAUAUGUGGCAUAAGUGAUGUCUUUAACUGCAAGGAUAAACACUCUCCAAAGUUUGAAUAUAUAAAGGAAGCAGAGGUGGGCUCCGAACCCCCUGAGUGUCAACAUGAUUGUAAUGACGGCCAUUCAAGGUAGGUGGAAACUAGUAGUUCUGUGAACAGUAGACCUUACGCAGUAUUCUCAUCCACAAGUAUCUAUUGAAACUAUAGACCUUAUGGAAAUACAGCAAUAGACUGGCUUCUCUACACAUCU